CCCCGUUCGCCGCCUCGCCCGCACCGCCCGGCCCGCGGCACCCCGGCCCCCCGGCCGCCCCCAUGCCCCGCCGCUGUGCUCAGGUGUGCCUGCUCCGCUGCACCCUGUUGUCGUCCCUCCUCCUCCUCCUCGUCUGCAGCAUCCAUGAGACGGAGCAGAACAGCUACUGCCAGCAGAUCAUCACGGAGAAGCACCUGGCCGAGCUGGAGGAGCUGGCGGACACCCAGAUGCAGCACCCGGGCAGGGUCUCCUUCAAGUUCAUCAAUAAGAUGCAGCUGAGUGACUCCGUCUGCUAUGUGAAAGCUGCCUUUCCUCUGCUGGGCAAGAUCCUGAACAGGACGGUGUUCAAGGAGAACUCUUCCAAUGCCAAGAAGAUGCAGAUGGUGCGCAGGAUGUAUGAGAGCAUCGAUGAGAACGUGGACCCCUGCAUCAGGGAGGAGGAUGACAAGGAGCGCAUGCUCUCAGAGAUGUGCUUCGAGGAGUUCACCACGUCCCCCUACGAGAUGCUGGCGCUGGUGAAGCAGUUCUUCCAGGACAUCAACCUGCUGCUGCAGAGCAAGGAGACCUUCGAGAAGGACUGCAGCCAGGUGUACCGCAGCAUGUGCGUGGGGCCCAGGCAGCCCAGCUCCUCGCCAGGUGUGGGGACAGAUCCUGACUGCAAUUGCCUGUCCCCUGCCCUCCCUUCUGCCACCCAGCCCUCCCUAUCCGCUGCCACCCACGCCAGCAGAGAAGUGGCACCCGCUAGUGCCCGGGUCCCUUUCAGCCUCCUCCAUGGCACCCUCGCUGAGUUAGGCAGCAGCGCCCUGUCUCAGUCCCCCAGUAGCUUGGAGGGCAGCUCAGGGACCGACGAGGUCCCAGGAAUUGGGCUCGGUGACACGGAAUCCGCAGUGUCCCCCACCAUGCAGCAGACGGCAGGAGCUGGUGGCGCCGCCGAAGCCCUCCUGGAUCCGGCCGCCGCUGCCAACCCGGUGGCUGAAGACGUCUCCAUCCUGUCCCGAGGGAUGGCAGAGGAGGGCACCGGAGCCUCUGUCCUCCCGGAUCAGCCCUCCUUGCCCCGCAGGAUCAGCACCAAGAUGCCGGCAGCGUCCCCCAGCAGUGUCUCUGUGGGCCACCGCGGGGCCAGGAUCCGUCCCACGGAGAUGCCCGAGCCGGUCACGCAGCUCCGCUUCUCCAGGAUGGCCCCGUCGGCACGGGGCCGGGCGCCGGGCGGCCUCGGGGACAGCGCGAGGGCACGGGGCUGGGGGCUGAGUCGGUUGCGGGAUCCCGAGGACGGCGGGGCCGGACCCAGCUUUGACUCGAGCUUUGUUCUGAGCGCAGAGCAGCGUAGGAAGGAGCCGAAAGCCAGGGAGAGCCACCGGGAGCUCCUGAUAUACGUCAUGGUGGGCAGCGUCGUGGCUGUCUUGCUGGCCAUGGGCGGGCUGCUCUUCUACAAGUAUAAAUCCAAGGUCCUGGAGCGGCCACUGGAAGAGGGGGGCUGCGACCCCGAGGAGCCAGAGCGGAGGGCGCUGCAGGGAGCGAGGGGGUGCCCGGAGAUGGAGAUGCAGGAGCUGUGAGGGCCCCAGGGUGCUGUGAAGCUGCUCGGGGGACGGACGGGGAUGCUCCUCGCUGUGCGAAGAAGGGCCGGUGCGCGCUGGCCCCGCUGCAGCCUCCCCCCGGCGGCGAUGAUGCUCACACUCCCCCCUCCCCAGCCCCACGGCGGGAGACUGCAAAACCACGGGCAAAGACGGAAGGGUUGGGGGGGACGCACACCCUGUGGGACCCCGGCCCCCGGGAGCACGUGGCUGGAAGGCUCUGGAGCAUCACCAAGGGGCUCUGCGGGGCCGGCGGCACAGGCAGGGCUGCGGUGUGCGGAGCGUGGCGCUGGCUGCGGGAUGGGGACGGUGUCGGACGUGGGCUGCGCUGCCUGAAGCUCGGAGGGGAGCAGCUCCCUGGAUCCCACCGGGAUUCGCCGCUGCCCACUGCUCCUCUCCCACCCCAGCACAGCAGGAGCUGGAGCGGCACCCCGCGCACCCCUCCUGCACCCCAGCUGCUGAGGAGCCAUGGCCGGGACCCCCCACCCCUCUGCACAGACUGCACGCCCCGAACUGCAAGGGGAAACCCUCACACUGUGAAUAUUUAAUGCCCCCAGGCAGGGGGGUGACGCUCGGUGCCAUCCCCGUCCUGCUGCCGCUGUGGCACGUCCUACGCACCUGAGCUGGCCUUGGGAGCUGCCUGGCACCGCUUUGUGGAUUAGGGUUUUAUUUUAAUGUGCCGGAUAGAUGCCUUUAUCUGGCAGCAGUGUUUUGUUUUUUUUUUUUUGGGGGGGGGGCGGGGGGAGAAAGAGGGCUCCUGCCUCCCCACAAGGUUACUGCCGCGAGCUGGCCUCGCCCCAGACUGGAUUUUUGCAACUGUGCUUUGGAG